AUCGGACAAUAAUCGCACAAAUUCACAGGAGCACAGCCGCCACAGUUUCAAUUCACCGCCACUGUCUCCAAGCGAUUCGAAGCUAGUGCAGUCGUUCUCUACCGCUUUCCAAUCAGUUUUAGAUUCGGACUCGUGUUCCCUUGUGGUUGCUUUUGGCGUGGAAGAUUGAACGUUGGAAGAUUGGAGAUAGUUGCUUUCGGAUUUCCAUUAUGUUAAGAACCCGUUUUGGAUUUUGGCGUAGGUGAUUGGCCUUGGUAUUUAAUUAAGUUUUUAAAAAUUAUAAAAUUAAGAACAUACUAUAAUGGUGGAAGAUUUUGUAUGCUAUAUUUGCAAUGUCAAUUGUACAAUUGUUUUCCCUUUAUUGGAAUUUGUUUUCACUGGUAGCUUGUAGAGGGUUAGGUAUUUGUAUUUUUUGAGGGGCUUUGGUUUAGUUCACUCAUCUCCUCAUGUAUUCUUUGUUGCAUUAAUCUCUUUGAAUACAACACUCACAGACAAUUAGUGUUUAUGGUUUAGCAUUCACAAACAGUAAAUGUCUAUGAAUUCCACGUCUAAUUCAAUGAUGCUUAGCCUUGUGCACACCAUCCCCUUCUAUAACGGGUACCCUGAUAACUCCCUCGGCCUCGAUGGAGUCUCCCGUGAACUCGGAGAGAGGGGUGCGCAUUGGCUUAAGGUCUUUGCAGCUCAAGCCGAGGUCCUUGAAGGUCUUCCUGUACAUGAUGUUUACCGAACUCCCUGUAUCAACCAGGGUUUGGUGCACUAUAGUGUUAUUUAUCUCAAUUUGGACGACCAGGGCGUCUCGAUGGGGGCUCCUCGUGUUGGGAAGAUCCUUCUACGUGAACUGGAUUUGCUCUCUCUUCCUGAGCUUAGACGCCGGCAGCUGGUGGGCCUUGGCGACAAAGACCAUGUGUUUCAAAUUCUUUCUCUGGGCGAUGGAAUCCCCUCUGAUGUUCCCAUCCAAUGUGCCUCUUCUCAAGAUUCCUCCUUUGCGUGGCCACGGCGACCGGCUUCAUCCAGGUCCUCCCUUCUGGGGGUCCUCGUGACGGGGCUGCAUUGUCAUCUCGAGGGCCUUACCGGGCCUCCUCUGGCUCCUCCGAGUGUUCUUUCCCUUGAGCUCGGAAGUGGCAGCAUGCUCGGUGUUGUGGUGUCUUGGGCCUUGUUGGCUAUAGUGCCACACCCACUCCCACCAAUGGCGGAGAGGGCUACAACGGCAGCUUGGAGAUACUCCGCAGUCACCCCAUCCCGAAAAGCGCCUGGACCGCAUAAGGAGUCGAGGUUACGGCUACUACCCGGUUUUGCUAGUCCACUUGUUCCCGGCUCAUUACCGUUUCGGUAUGACAACCGGAGUGCAUGGGUGAUCCUGUCAAGUGAGACUAAGACAGGGGUGUCCCUGAUAGUUGAAGUCAUGCAUCAAGCCAUAUCAUCAUCAUGCUCUACAGGGCUAUCAACAGGUGAUGGCCAUGAUGCAACAGGCAGGGGGCUUCAUGCCCGUUUGCCUAUCCUGGAUGGACCCCGCAAGUCUGCCAAGCUACGUCUUGGUCCUGAGAUGGGCCGGAUUAGCGCGAUGGAAAGACUUGGUGGGAGUCGUUCCGCCUUAUCACGUCAUUCUAGGGAAUUUGAGACGAUUCACCUAGACGAGGAGGAGGCUGAAAGUCAACCCAGAGCAUCGGCAUACACUAGGCUCUCAUACGAUGAGGAUGACCUGGACAAGAUAGGGAGCGUAGCAAGAAAACUACGCGCUCUGGAUGAAAAAGUAGAAGAGAAGGCGGGAGCAAAGAAGCAUACCCUGGCGAAAUCACCCUUCUCGGCUAGGGUACAUGCACACAAGCUAAGGUGGAAGAUCAAGUUGGAUGUGGAGAAAUUCACUGGAAAAGAGGAUCCAAAUGUCCACCUUGACACCUUCUAUAAUGCAGCGCAAAUGGCCGGGUGUACCGAUCUUGAGGAGUGCUUACUGUUCUUCUCAUCCUUGAGAGGGAGACCAGUGGAAUGGUUUAAUAGCCUUCCUCAUGGUAAAAUCGGAUCCUUCGAAAAGCUUGCUGAGAUUUUUCGCAAGAAGUACCAGGACAAUUGCAUCAAAAGGAAGAAGUUCACCUACCUUAACACGGUAGGGCAAAGGGAGGAGUCCUUGACUCAAUUUCUAACUCGAUGGAGAGAUGAGGUCGAUAAGGUAGAAGAGAUGGAUGAUAAGACGGCCAUGUCUCUGCUGAUGAAUGCCAUCCGGUCAGGGGACCUCUACAACGAAUUUUGUAGGAGGCCACCCUUUUCUUAUCAGGAAGCCUAAAAUACACCAUGGGAGUAUGCCGAGGCGGAGGUCUUGAACAAGAGCAAGCGAGAACGGGAAGAAGGUUAUACGAAGGAAAAGACUGAGAAGCCGAAGAUGGACGACCAUAUGGGAGGGUCGAGGCCAAGGGCCACGUAUGAUGGGACGGUCCAUCAAAUCAAGGAUGAGAAGAAAGGAAAACAAUCGAA